AUGUCUAACAAAGCUGUCUACAUCACUGACCACUCCCCCUCCGUUCUCCAAACCCACAGCUGGCGCACCGCCUCCAACUCUGCCGCCUACCUCGUCCCCUACAUCAAACCGAGCAUGAAAAUCCUUGAUAUAGGCUGCGGCCCGGGCAGCAUCAGCAUCGACUUUGCGCGGCUCGUCCCCCAAGGCCACGUCACGGGGAUCGAGUACGUUGCCGACCCGCUAGACGCAGCCCGAUCCCUCGCCUCCACACAUGGAAUCACGAACAUCGACUUUUGCGUCGGCGACAUCCACUCACUUGACUUUCCGGACGACACCUUCGACAUCGUCCAUGUUCACCAGGUGUUACAGCACAUCGCGGACCCAGUGCGUGCACUACGGGAAAUGCGCCGGGUUGCGAAGAGUGACGGUGGGAUUGUUGCGGCAAGGGAGUCGGCAUCGAUGACAUGGUACCCUGACAACGCGGGAAUCGCCGGAUGGAAAGAGGUUACAGGUCGUAUGUGUAAAGCGAAGGGGGGCAAUCCGCAUCCCGGCCGGUAUAUCCAUGUUUGGGCAGAGGAAGCCGGGUUUCAAAGGACAAGAAUCAAGAAAAGUGCUGGGGCAUGGUGCUUUAGUAGUCCUGAGGAAAGGGAAUACUGGGGUGGAACAAUGGAAGCGAGGAUGAGAUCGAGUGGGUUUUCGAAGAUGGCUGUGGAGGAGGGAUAUGCGACGAAGGAGGAGUUGGAAACGAUCGCGAAUGGAUGGAGGGACUUUGUCAGGAACGAUCAAGCUUGGUUUGGGUUAUUCCAUGGGGAAAUUCUAUGCUGGAAAUAA